AUGCAAGUGUAUCAACUCUUCCUUGUAGCUGCGGCUUCGAUCCUCAUCAGUGGUCAAACGCUUGCUGCUACGGACUCUACUCAAGCGGUCGUCUCGGGGGCUACCACGAACAUUGAGCCCGCACCAGUACAGACCGACGCCAAGCGUUUCAUGAGGGCUCUUAAGACAACUGCAAAGGAAGACGACGAAGAGAGAGGGCUUGUGGCGGACGGCUUGAGAUUCGUAGCUAAAAAGCUCAAGAAGAUGGGGUGGACGAGCCUUGGGAACAAAUUUCUGUUCCAAGCUUGGAAACGCGAACAGUUGACCACAGCGCAGGCGGCAAACGAUAUUAAGCUCAUGACGUCUCCCGGUCUAAUGGGCCAGCGCGAUUUGGAUCUCUACGGAAGGUAUGCCACAAUGAUGGCGAAUGCCAAGAAGGUGACCCAGUAG